UGUCCCGGAAGGUUUCCUGGGGUGGAGCUUGUGUGCUUGGAGUUUUUGUUCACUCAACAGACUUGUGAAACAAAAGGGCCAAGUAGGGGACAAAAAAAAAAAAAAAAAACUAAACCGGAAACAUUUCGAAUUCGUGUGUACAUUUCAAUCUUUUGUCUGGACUGCAGUCAUAAAGAACAGCAUGGGUGCGCGUGAAGAGAAGAAAGAAACAUGUGGAACCAUCUGCCUGAAAUACCUUCUGAUCACAUUCAAUGUCCUCUUUUGGCUUGCUGGGGGUGUUGUGAUGGCUGUGGGUGUUUGGACUUUGGUUGAAAAGAGCGACUACAUCAGCCUUCUCCCCUCUAUGACAUAUGCUGCCUCUGCCUACAUACUGGUCCUCGCUGGAGCUAUUGUCAUGGUAACAGGCAUUCUGGGAUGCUGUGCCACCUUCAAGGAGCAGAGAAGGCUACUGCGAGUGUAUUUUGUCCUGCUGCUGUUCAUUUUCCUGUUGGAAAUCCUGGCUGGUGUCCUGGCUUAUAUCUACUAUCGACAGUUAAAUGAGGAGCUGAAACAGAACCUGAGGGAGACCAUGAUCCAGAAGUAUGAACAGACGACUCAUGAGCACGUUACCAGUGCUGUGGAUAAACUGCAACAAGAGUUCAAGUGCUGUGGGAGCAACAAUUCAUCCGACUGGGCGAAGAGUGUCUGGAUCCGCUCCAGCGACGGAAAUGGCCGGGUGGUUCCCGACAGCUGCUGUAAGACUCCAUCUGAGCUGUGUGGACGUGGGGGGCACCCCUCCAACAUCUACAAGGUUGAGGGUGGCUGUAUCUCAAAACUGGAGAAAUUUAUCCAGGACCACCUCAAGAUCAUCGGAGCGGUGGGUGUUGGAAUUGCAUGUGUACAGAUAAUAGGGAUGGUGUUUACGUGCUGCCUGUACUGCCGUCUCAAGUCGGAGCCAUACUAAAGAAGCAGAGGAGACGGAGGAAGUCACCUCAUUGACAUACUCAAAUAUCUCAUCGCUUCUUUUCUUGUGGAGGGAGGUGAGGGAUUAAAUGAUGCAUCUGAGUUUGUCAUAGCGGUCGGGUGGAAAAAUAAUUAAGGUUACAAGAAGUAAUUAGACAUUCAAAUUCGAGUCUCAAAAUUACAGCACUAAGAAAAACGUUGUAAGAGACAAAAAAAAACCCCAAAAACUGGUGGGAUUAUUGCCUCUGAAUAUUUAAUUUGGUGAGGGAUACCCUGUGUGGAAAUUCAAGGUACGAUACAAUGAUGUGAAUGUUUUAUAAUGUUAGUGUGGUGGCUGGAUUUGCCCGUUGAGAGAAUUUCUUUUUGCCAGCAGCACCAGCUCCACGUUUUAACAAGCCCAAUUGUCCAGUUGGAGCAUCCCGUUUCCAUGUUAACUGACCACUCAUGCAUUUGAAACAUGUUUUCCAUGGUGACCUUUUCCUUUGUCAAUACUAAGUUGUAUCACUGUUUUUGACUUUGUAAAUGUCUAUUUUCUGGAGCACUCUUACCAGUGAGCUGCGACUGUAAUUGAGCCCUUAUUGGCCAAUGUGUCUUCACAUAGCAAUGUGCCACGGUUAGACCAGCCUCUUACCCCCACAGCGUGUUGGCAAAGACACUUUAACUGCCAGACUGACGGUACACUGACUGCACCUUCCUCACCAGCAUAACUGCACCAUCAUUGUAAUAACACAAUAGUGCCAGCA